AUGACGUGGAUCUCGCGCUCGAUCACGGCCAUUGGCCUCCUUCUCCUCGGCCAUGCCUGCUACUCUGCGCAAGAGCACUCUGCGCUGCAAUCCUUCCGAGCAGCUUCGCCUUUAGCAACAUCUGCCUCAGCCACCACGUCGCUACCGGCGGACAUUACAAUCGAAGCGGCCGUGGCGACCCUCAUCGUCGUCCUGGGUAUGGUCUUGGGCGCACCCAAUCUUCGGCCGAUCGAAUGGCGCGUGUGGGCAGGCAAAAUUGAACGAGAGGGCGAGAUGGGAUUCCUGACGGGCAGCGGGGAGGUGGAGAAGGACUACGUUGGCAACCCGUUUCAAAUUCUGGAGAGCCGGCCCGGCUUCGCCGACGUUCGGAAACAAAAGAGAGACUUUACGAACUGGGUCAAGGCUGGGGGAAAGGCCGGGACCACGGCCAAGUCGGGUUGA